AUGCAGCUGGGCCGCGCGAAGAACUCCGAGGAGGACUUCCUCUGCAAGGGGGAGUACAAACAGGUGUACCUGUGCCUGGACCGAAGCGAAGGCAAUGACGCAGUGAAGAUUGAUAUCAGUUACGACAACAAUAUACACGACAUUCUACAGCUCGGUAGAGAAAAGUACAACACACAAGGAGAGUACAUCACCGAUUCGUGUGGAGACGUCAUACAUUCCAUUAGAGACAUAAUCGAUGGCGACACUCUCUACCUAAAGGAUCGAAAAGAGAAACUAACCCUCCAUAGUAAGGUCAAAAAUAACUUAAUAGUAAAUGAUUACAUCGUUCAGAAGAGAAUCGGUUCCGGUGGCUUCGGAAUUGUCUUCCAAGGGAUACACACCCAGACAAAGAAAAAAGUGGCCCUAAAAUUUAUCCCAAAAAGUAACUUCCUAGAUGUGACAGAUGUCCAUAGAGUCUUCAUCGAAAUACAGACUUUACGGGGUCUGAUUCAUAACAACAUUAUAAAGAUGUACGAUGUGAAUCAUUUCGAAAAUUACGUCUGUCUAAUUAUGGAAUAUGCCAUUAAUGGAGACUUAAAGAAUUACAUCCUUAAGAAGAAGGGGUACCUCUCUGAGAAGGAAGCUCAUGAUCUGUUCGUGCAGAUAAUCAGAGGAGUGUACUAUUGUCAUUCUAAACACAUAGUCCAUCGAGAUUUAAAGCUUGAAAAUAUUUUACUCGAUAAAAAUAUGACGUGCAAAAUUGCUGACUUUGGAUUAUCCGAUUUUGUCAAUGUUGAUCAGAAUAUUAAGACGGAGGCUGGAACAAAAGCUUACAUCGCUCCGGAGAUUAUCUUCAAUCAGACCAUUAACUACUCUGUGUUCAAGCUGGACAUUUGGAGUCUUGGCAUUCUCCUAUACAUCAUGACGCAGGGAUUCCCUCCUUUCAAAUACGUACAAGAUGACAUAAAGCAUUUUGACAGCAGUACGCUUAACUAUCCGAAUGAUAUUUCCGACGAUUUGAAAGAUCUAAUUUCGCUCAUGCUGAACGUCGACCCUAAUAAGCGCCCCAUCAUUGUCGAGAUAUUGAAUCACCGCUGGUUUGGGAACUACACACAGGGGGGGUAG